AUUUAACAGCGUAUAUUCCGACCGUUACGCCAAGUACUCCUAGUAAUGACGGUAUACAGGUCUGGCUGAUAGGCGCAAUUGCAGGUGGAGCGGGUGCGGUAUUGUUGAUUGUUUGUAUUGCCAUAUGCGUCUACUGCAAGUGUUGCGCACGAAAACAUGUGGCUGAUGAUGAUGUGGAACCUGAACUGAUGUCAAUCGAACAGGAAACGACAAAUAAGAAUGAAGCAUACGGCAGCAGACCAUUACCUCCAAGUCCGUCCAAAAGGCCGAUGGCUCAUCAGAGAAGCACGUUCAGUUUGAAGAAAGGUCGCUCGUACGAGGAAGAAAUACCUAAGAAAAUAUCGAAUCAACAGGAAAUCGAGGAGGAAAAACUUGUUCAGGCAACAUCCAAGUCAAAGCGAAAGUCACCGGAAAGCGCUUUGACACCUUCUAAAUCGCCGAGCAAGUUAGCACUGCCAGGACGUAAUAAGAGACGAAACAGCAAGAACGCAAUUGAUCCCACUGAAACGAUAGAAAUGGCUUCAAGCAGCCACUCAGAUACAUCGAAUAGUAUCAACAAUAACAUCAAUGGUCUCUUCCAAUCCAGUUUUUCAAAGGAUGCCGAAGAAAUUAAAGACCACUUAAAGACAGAAAAGGACAAGAACAAACGAAGGAAUAGGAAGAAAUAUUCAGAUACAAACGGGACAGAAAGCACACCGUCCAUACUAGGAAUGUCAAGUACACCAUUAAGCAAUCCGAAGAUUGGCAGUGGAUCAGGCAGUAAAAACGAAUCGCCAUCGUUAUUAAACACGCAGAGGAAAGACGCACCGGAAGGAGACAACCUUCACGAGGCUCGACACCGAAUGCACAAGCUACUAGACGAGGCAUUCGCCCUGAUCACACCUCGGUCAUCAUUUAACGAGAAUGAUAGGCAACAUGCACAGGUGAAAGAUACGGAAAAGGAAAGAGAUAUUGACACGUUGGUUGCCUCAAGACCAGACGACCCGUCUGGUGACCCCGGUUACAUCAACCCAGCUUAUGCGAGCUCAUAUAGCGAGUACCUGCAGAUCUGGAGUCCCUACCGAGCCGCAGACCAGGUGGCUCUCAUCUCAAUGCCAAACAUAGCGGCACCCGUGGUAACGAAGCAAGGAGGGUCGAAAAUGAAGCAGAACAAAAGACCUGUUAGUAAUCUAACAUUUAUUAAAACAAAAAGCUCUACUGUAUUAGAUAAUACCUCAAAAUACACCAACGAUCCUGGGAAACCUAUUCGGCUACGCAUAAAAAGUGAACGUGGCAGCUCUGAACGACCAAUACAAAUGACUAACAACUACGUCGGGGAACGCCAGUUCUCUGUAUCCAGCCUGCGCGAAGACGCUCGUCUGCCGCAGAGUUCAACAUCAUUGUCAAAGACGAUAAAGACUUCUUCCGCCAAGCGGGCAGAGUCGGAUAAGACAGAGACCACAAUUGAGAUGAGAAAACAUCGAAGACCGGACCGAAACCUGGGCGACAAGGACGUAGUGGAUAUUUUAAAUGAUAUCAAACCUGAAGAAAAGACUGACACCUUGUUAAAGAGUCUUCGUGACGAGUUGGCGGCGUGUAAAAUGGAAUCGGAAGGAGACAUUAAUAGCAAACCUAUUCGACGAAAAGGGCGAAAACCUACCAAACCUAUGACUAACAUUGUUUAAUCCCAAACGCCGGUAACACCAGUUUCAAAAUGUUUAUAGUGUGUGCUUUAAUAAUAUUUUGUUACGUACAUAUUAUGAUUGUGUAAUAGUU